AUGCAACCAGAAAUCACCAUCCUAAGCUCUGAUUCGAGCAGCUCGGGCGACGACGACGAUAUCAUCUUCGUCCGAUCGGUCGAGAAGCCACGCGCCCCGAAAGGCAACGGUCGUCCAACCAAGAAGCGCGCAAACCCCAACAACGUCUCAGCUCAGACGGUUUCCCCAAGCCCGGCGGCCAAGAAGCGGAACGUCGGACCUCAGGAUACAAAGCGCACGAAAAUCAACAACGUAUCGGCUCAGGCUGUCACUCCUACCUCUGCGACCAGAAAGCGAAGCGAGGGUGAUCAAGCUAAACCACGCGUCAACUCCAACAACAUCUUCGCUCAAGCUCUCUCACCAAGCCCUGCGGCCAGAAAACCAGUCAGUAUUGGUCAAGGACCCUCUGACUUCUCGAUGUGGGCGGUCUCCUCGAGCUCUGCGGCCAGAGCGCAGAUCGGCGAUAGAAAUGCCUUGGCUAUUGCUGCUAAGAUCAACACCACGGCGCGUGGUCCAGGACAGAACACUACAUUCAUGCUCGCGACCCGCAACGUUCUGGAAGCAGCACUGGGCAAGGAGGCCUUGGAAAGCCAAGAGAAAUCCCUCUUCGAGGAGCAAAAGCGUACUGAUCAGUACAUCGCGCAGCUGGAAGAAGCAGUCAAGCAGAAGGGAGGAGUAAACGUUUCGCACAAUCUCAUUGCCCAGAAUCAUAUAGCCAUGUUGAAGGCGAGGUAUGAGGCAAAGGAGAAGACCGCCUCGACAGAGAUCAAGAUACUUCGCGAGAGUAACAAGAAGCUUACAGAGGACAAGACAAAGCUCACGCGCAGUGUCAAGCUAGUUCGAGACGGACAUGGCGCUGUGGAGGGCAUGGCUCAAGACGAUGCUAGUGCGGAGAUUCAGAUACUUCGUGAGACCAACGAGAAGCUCUCUGAUGAGAAGAGUCAACUGUUGCGCACCAUCAGUCUCCUCCAAGAUGAGACUCGUAUGUGGAAGAACAAGGCAAAAAAGAAAGAAGCUGCCGGAGAAGAUCUGAACAUACUGCGCGAACGCAACGCAAAGCUCACAGGAGAGAAUGCUGAACUUGUACGCAAUGUCAAGCAACUCAAAGACGAGCACGAAGAAGAUCUGAAGACGCUACGUGAACGCAACGAGAAGCUCACAGGAGAGAACACCGACCUCACAAACAAUGUCGAGCAACUCAAAGACGAGCAUAGUACUCUGCGGGCCAACGUCUCCGCCUUGACACAGGACCUCUGUGAGCAGAAGAAGCUCUUUGCGUCCAAGAAGAUGCGACGAUCCAAUGGAGACGUCAAGGCCGCCAUAGCUGAGACUAAGAAACUCAAGAAUGAGAUCAAGCGCUUCAAGGCAAGGAACAAAGGGUUGGCUGCACAAAACACCGACAUGUCCGGCAAACUCGCGGAGCUGGGCACUGAGCGCCGUACCACUCUCGACUACCAGAAAGCCGCGAAACAGUCAGCAGAAGAAGCUUCAGUCGCACGCGAGCACAUCGAGAAACUGCAACAACAACUCGUCAAGUUGGAUGGAGACUUCCGCGAGCGAGGUGAACAGCUUGCCGAGCUCAGCCGAGACUCCGAGUCGAAGCACGAGAUGAGGAUGCAGAAGAAGGCCGCCAUCAAAGACAAGGGCCUGCUACAGACGCGUAUGGUCGGUAUGUUCACGCACUAUCGGAACCUCUUCAAGAAGAAUAAGGUUCUGCUGGAGAAGCUGAAGUCGACGGCUGAGGCUGGGGCAGAUGGACAGGGAGGAAAGGCUUACCGUAAGGAGCUGAAGCUGUUGAAGGGUCAGCCGCUUGAGAAGCUCAGCGAGUUCAAGAAUCAGGACUAA